CACUGCCCAAUGCCCCAGGACAGACACCCCAAUGUCCCCCACCUCCGCUGGGCUCAGGACAGAGGGCUCCUGCCUGGGAUGCCCUGAUGCUCCCACCAGCCCUCAGCCUGGCUCCAGCGAGGCCAGGCAGUGGGGAGAGAGCCUAUACAAAUAUUAUUGUUGUUAUUAUUACCCAUAAAUAUAUGCAGGCACUUAACAACCUUGGCAUGGAGCAUUUCCUGGGGAUUCAUGACCAGUUGGCGUUAAUGGUCCUUAGCUGCACCUCAGGCCAUCAGCUCCUCCCAGCCCAUCAUUAAUCCACAGGAAAUGUCUCAGGCAUCGAUCCUCGUUGCUUAAUUAAUAAAUGCAACUUGUCUCUCCACCCAAGAUUUAGAGAUACUCACUGCUUCUUUCCCCACUGCUUUGAAGGUGACUUUUUUAGCACAGGUCCCUCACGCUGGGAAGCCUGUCUAAUGUGGCACAGCACGAGGAGCACAUCUUUCCCACCGAACGCAAAGCCUUGAUUACCUUCAGCCGAGUGCAUCCAAGAGCCUGGGUGAGAAGGAGUGAGAGCUGGCAUGGAAGAAGAUGGUAAUUCUCCAAGGCCUUAGCAGGUUCUAUAAUAAUCAAUGGUUUUUGCCCGUGAGUCACAAUUCAUCUCUACUCUUCCUUGGGGGAGGUGGGAUUUGCUAUCUUUAGUGCUUGCGACUGCCGCUUUCCCAGGCUGAGCAUCCCGCAGAGCCUGGGCACUCGCUGCAGGGAUGCUGACCUGGCAGCCGACCUGGAGAUGUGGCUGCAUUUAAAUCCUGUUCCCUCUUUCUCUAGCUUUUACCACUGGCUGGCUUUGUGCAGUGGGUGCCGCAGUACAAAUCACGUUAAUUCCUGAGGUGCUUUUCCGUGAUAGACAGAUCCAAAAGGAUGCUCGGGUGCCGGUGAGGGGAGAUUUGCCUGCCGGAGGAUGGGGUGCAUGGGGUUGGGCUGCCUGGCAGUGCUGGCCGUGCUGUGCGGGGCUCUUGGGGAUGCUCCCAGCAGAGGCAUCAAAUGCGGGGGGGUGCUCUCAGCACCCUCUGGCAAUUUCUCCAGCCCCAACUUCCCAGGGCUGUACCCCUACGAGACAGAGUGCACGUGGCUGAUCGUGGUGGCCGAGGGCUCCUCCGUCCUGCUCUCCUUCAGCCACUUCGAGCUGGAGUACCAUGCUGCCUGCGCCUACGACUACCUCCAGGUCUACAACGGGGCUGCUCGAGACCGGGGCAACCUCCUGGGCACCUUCUGCGGCCACAGCCCCCCACCACCCUUCUCCUCCGCCUGGCACGUCAUGGCCGUCGUCUUCCGCUCCGACCGCCACGUGGCCAAGCGUGGCUUCGCCGCCGCCUACCGGAAAGAUGCCUGUGGCGGGCAGCUGACUGGGCUGUCCGGGGAGAUCACCAGCCCCCGCUACCCUGAGACCUACCCCAACGACGCCGAGUGCCGCUGGAACAUCGGGGGGGACGGUGGCAGCGGCCUCCUCACCCUGGUGUUUGCUGACUUCCAGGUGGAGGGGGGCCAGGGCUGUGGCUUUGACUAUGUGGCCCUGUUCGAUGGCCCCACCACUGCCGCCCCCCGCCUGGGACGCUACUGUGGCAACACCCGCCCGCCCCGCACCGUCUCCUCCACCCCGCACCUCCUCCUCCUCUUCAAGUCAGACUUCAACAUCGGUGGCAGGGGCUUCAAGGCCCAUUUCUACUCGGGUGAGUGCCAGGAGGUUUUCACCACCGUCAAAGGGAAUUUCUCUAGCCCUCGGUACCCCAACUUCUACCCCAACAACCUCAAGUGCCAGUGGAGCAUCCAGCUGCCCCCGGGCUACCGGGUCAAGGUCUUCUUCCUGGACAUGGAGCUGGAGGGCCGGAGCAGCCUGACGGGUGGCUGUGACUAUGACCACCUGGCUGCCUUCGAUGGUGGCACUGAGGACGGGUCCCUUCUGGGGCGCUGGUGUGGGUGGGAGAGCCUGGCACCUGUCACCUCCCGCAGCAACCAGCUGCUGCUGGUCCUCCACACCGACCGCAACACGGCCAAGAGGGGCUUCUCCAUCGCCUACGUGGGAGUUGUGCCCAUGAACGUCAGCUGCACCCGGACAGACUUCCACAUCCAGAUCCCUGUGCGGUCCCUGGCCCAGCUGGAGAGGAAAAGGAUUUAUUUGGGGACCCCCUUCUGUGCAGCCCAGGUGGUUGGUGGGAACUUUAAAAUACACAGCAGGUUUGACACCUGUGGCACUGAAACCCAGAAACGCAACAACACGUCUAUUAUCGUCAGCACCCUCUACAUUGAUUUUUCAGCGGGUGACCAGGAGGACAUCCACCAGUACGAGGUGCAGUGUGAGCCCAAGAGGAAGGAAGCCUCAGUGACCCUCCUUGCAGGCCCCAACCCAUCCAGGCUCAGCCAGGCAGAAAACCUGGUGGAUGCCCAGCAGCGGGAGGGGGGAGCAACCGUCACCCACGAAAUCAAGAGCCAGGACACCAGCGACAUCGUCUUCAUCAGCAUCUGCAUCCUGGCCGGGCUCCUCAUGGUCAUUGCGGUGGUCGGGCUGGUGCUUCUGUAGGGUGCUGCUCCCCAGAUCUCCAGGGCUUGCAAUCCCAGCCCUGCCCAGAGUGGAAAUGCACCCCAAAAUCCACCCUCACCGCAGGCUGAGCACUAACACAGCUGCUCAAAUGGAGACACAGCUCCCAGGCCCUGAAACAGAGCCUGAACCCAACCUCCCAGCGCCUGAAAAAUCUGGGCAAUAGGCAGCCAUUUCCCUUCCCAAUUUGUGUUCCUCUGUCUCAAUCUGUCCAUUUGGCUCAGGAAUGCAAUUCUUGCACUUCCUAACUCUUCCCGCACCUGCUUCGAUUUGUUUUCCCUCUGGUGCUGCUGCUUUUCGGGAAAGUAACAUUGUUUGCCAAUGGCUGCAAAUCAUCCUCUCAGUUAUUUCUAGCUGAAUUCUUGAAGGUACAAACCAUCCCCAAACACAAUGAUAUUCCCAACAAAUAUUUUCCACGCUCCCACCCCUGCUCAGGGGGGGUACCGUAGAGCUGUGUUAGAGGUAUCUCCACUCAGCAAGUAUAGAUGUAGCUCAUGUAGAUGGUUCCAGGUGGGUUUUGGAUGUCCGUGGGUGAUGUGAUGAGAUGCAUUCAGUGAGUUUUCUGGAGCUCCUCAUCUGAUUUUCACAUGUCAUCUAACCCACCCGUUGUUCACAGGCCUCACCUGAGCACUUCAGUCACUAGCACUUCAGUCACCAGGGAAGGAGAACAAUCUCUCUUCUCUGUGUUUUGCUCCUUUCCAGCAUGCCUAGGCAUCCACCACUGUGAGCUCCGUACUGGCAUCGCUCCCAGAGUCUGAAACCCCGGGCAUGGAGGUUUCAGUAACCUUUUAAAGACAGCCUCAGCAGGAGGGGUUGGCUCCUCUGGGACUGUCUGGCUUUGCUGACAGCCUCAGCAACACCAGACCUCCACCCUUGGUCCUCGCAGAAGGUGAGCUCAGCAGCUGAGAGCAUGAAAACAAGAGUCCUGUUGUCAUCUGCACCUCCAGAAAACUUGGGUUCCUCCCCAAGAGCCCUGAUGCUACUGACUGCUGGAUGGCCAAAUAACCCCCACCUGCCUCUUGUGCUGUACCAACGCGAAGAAAAUUCCCUUUCAGCAUCACGCAGCGGGUGGCUAUCACAGAGCAGCCUGUGUUUGUCCUGGCAUGGGCCAGAGCCAGCAUAGGGCAAAGUCCACAUGAAAUCUCACUGCAGAAGCAGGGCGAAUACAGCCCUGGGAGCCCGGCAGAGGGACCACCCACCCCAAACUCUGCAAAACACACUCUGGUGCAGGGAGAGAUCUUAAAAUGUCCAAAUGUGGUCAUUCAAGGGCAAAAAAAAUCGAAUUUGAGGGCAGUGGGUAAUCCAGGAGCCUUUUUUCGAUAGCGCUAUCUCCAAACAUGAACCCAUCCUAAGGAGGGUACUGGCUGUUCCUGUAAAGCAUCACACCACACAGCAAACCCCUCUUGCUGCUGAAUCCACUGGUGGGAUUUUUAGCAGGAGCCAGCAGGACAGUCCUGUAGGUGGAAGGCUUUCCUGGCUGAUGUUCUGCUUCCCACACCCGCUGGGACGGGUCUGUACAUCAGGGCAUCAGAGGAAGCAACAGUAAAAGGAAAAGGAUGAUGAUCAAGUGACUUUUCCUCCUGGUUUACACCAGCCCACGGAUGUCUGAGAGGGUGUCUGGGGAGGAAAGGCAGCACAAAUCUGCGCAUGCCUCCUAACGAGGAGCCUUCAUUAUCAGAGCCUGCAUUGAUUCGGUGUCUGUUGGUGCAACAUGUCAGCAAAUGCAAGAUUUCUGUGUGAAAUAUUUGCCAGCACUGUUAAGCUCCAUUAAGUCAACGUUUUGAGAGCGUGUUGUGUACAUCGAUGGGAAACAAGGCCAGACCCCCCUGCUGCCUGCAAAGCCUUGCUGCCAGCUAAUUGCUAGGUAUAUAACUGUCAGCUUGAGACCAUAGUUACAAGAUUGGACAACUGAAGAAACUUAAAGAUAUAAUUAACCUUCCUGGCAGUCCGGGUUUUGUUGAAACAGGUGAACGCUGCAGCCGCUCAUGCCUGGUGGGGAGCCCACAGCACCCAGCAGCAUCCAGCCCCUUGCCCACAGGAUGGGCAACUCCUUGCCCAGUGGGAGCCUCCGGCACCCUGUGAUUUGCAAGGAAAAAGGCUUUUCUGGGUAGCUGGUGGUGUUGAACUCAAAUAAGGAUUUGGAUCUGGUCCCAGAGUCCUACAACAAACUGGACUGCUGUCACUCUUGUUGCAGGGAGGUUUUCCAGCUCCGGACCGAAGCAUGGGAGCACAUCCUCUCCCCUGAGCCAAGGGGCUCCCCAGCACCCUGGCCUCGCAGAGCAUUAUCCAGGGGCUCAUGGCUGGGGCAAUUAAAUGUGACUUGAAGGUUUACAAAAGCCCUUUCCUGGCUUGUUCCUGGUUGCGUUCACAGCUGCAUCUGUGUCUGCCCCCGGCGGUGAGCCACUCGGGCCAGUCACUCCCCUUAGAGCGAGGAAAGCCUCCUGUGCUCACCCAGCACGGAUCUUCCUCGGCCUCCAGUCACACUCCAGCAUGUGUAAGCCUCCCAUUUUCUCCUUUGGGUUUUGGCAUCCAGUCUCUUGCUGCCCCACAGGAUUUUGCUCACUGAUGUCCACAGUUAAACUGCCUCUUCCCUGAUAUACAGGGCUCUCCCUUUCCAUUCCAAAUUUGACACCUGGGAAGCUGCUGCUGCAAAAAUCCUGGAGGUGUUACCACGAGUGUUGGCCGUGAGUCCUCUUUGCUUUUGGAGACUCAAAACCACCAGUGAGGACCACAGUGAGUGCCAUGCUGGCAGCAUGGGGCAAAGGGGACAUCUUGGGGACAGAGAUAACGCUUGAGGCCCUGGCUGUGCUUCCAGCUUGGUGGCCAGGACUUGGGAGCACCAUCUCUCCCUAGUUAAUGCAGGGUUGUUUUCCAUCCAAAACAGCAAUGGCCAAAGGGCUCAUGAUGUGCCUGUGGCUUUGCAAGGCCUCCCCACAGCCCUGCACUGCCAGUGAUAAUCCCUCCAGAUUUCCAGCCCAAACGUGCUCCCAGCUGGUUUAUCCUGCUUUCUCUGCACCCCCUGCUCCCCAAAUCUCCCAACAGCUCCCCCAGCUCCUUUCCCCCAUCAUGUUGAGGUGUUCCCCCUGCCAGCACCCCUUUCCCAGGGGCUGCAGGCAGCCCAGCAGCGUGAUGCUGCUGGCUGAGACAUGGUCCCAGAGCACGACAGCCCCAGCCUCUCACACCAGUGCACAGAAAGACCUGACAGCACCAGAGGCAUUUCUCCAUCCCUGUCCCUCUCACACCCAGUUCAAAAGACCCUUGUAGCCAUCACCCUCCUGGCCUCAGGCAACCUUUCCCCCUCAAUGCAGCUCUGUGCACAGGGUGCUUUGUGCUUGCCCAGCUCCCAAGUGUGACAGGGAGUGGUUGUACUCUUCCUCCAGGGCUGAGGUUCACCAGGUUCUUCUGAAGCCUUAAAUUGCCUUUCCCAUGUCCCAGCUGGCCCCUGCCCACAGCCAGGUGUGACAGAGACACCUGGCAUGGGGGGGGGCUUGGGGAGGCACCCGCUUAUUUGUCACCUCGAUAAACAAUGUGAUGCAAAACAAGUGGGA